GCAGCAGCGCCAUCCAUGGGGUCCGGCGGCCGCCGCGGCGCGACGGGGGCGCGGGCGCUGCCGCUGCUGCUCCUGCUGCUGCCCGCGCCGGGCGGCCCCGCCGCGCUGGCCCUGCCCGAUGUGGACGAGUGUGCCCUGGGGCUGGAUGACUGCCACCCAGAUGCUAUUUGUCAGAACACCCCCAAGCUGUACAAGUGCAUGUGCAAAAUGGGUUACACCGGCGAAGGGAGGAAAUGUGAAGACAUUGAUGAAUGUGACAACGACUUCAAUGGGGGCUGUGUCCACGAGUGUUUCAACAUUCCAGGGAAUUACCGCUGCACUUGCUACGAUGGCUUUAUGCUGGCUCAUGAUGGCCACAACUGCCUGGACACAGACGAGUGCAUGUUCAACAACGGUGGCUGCCAGCACGUUUGUGUCAACACCGUGGGGAGCUACGAGUGCCGCUGCAAGGAGGGAUUCUUCCUCAGCGACAACCAGCACACCUGCAUCCACCGCUCCGAAGAAGGCAUGAGCUGCAUGAACAAAGACCACGGCUGUGCCCACAUCUGCAGAGAAACACCCAAAGGAGGAGUUGCCUGUGAAUGCCGACCGGGAUUUGAGCUGUCCAAGAACCAGAGGAGCUGCAUUUUGACAUGCAACCACGGCAACGGGGGCUGCCAGCACACGUGUGACGAUGCUGACCACGGGCCCGUCUGCGGCUGCCACCCCAAGUACGUCAUGCACGUGGAUGGCAAAACCUGCCUGGAGAGGGAAGAAGCUGCUGUUGAAGUUUCUGAGGGAAACACCACAGCAGCCGCUGAUGUGGACAAGAGAGUGAAGCGACGCUUGCUUAUGGAAACGUGCGCGGUGAACAACGGCGGCUGCGACCGCACCUGCAAGGACACCUCCACAGGAGUGCACUGCAGCUGCCCCGUGGGAUUCACGCUCCAGUUCGAUGGCAAGACAUGCAAAGAUAUUGAUGAAUGCCAGUCCAAUAAUGGAGGCUGUGAUCAUUUCUGUAAAAACACUGUUGGCAGUUUUGAUUGCAGCUGCAGAAAAGGAUUUAAAUUAUUAACAGAUGAGAAGUCCUGUCAAGACAUCGACGAGUGCUCCUUCGAGCGGGCGUGCGACCACACGUGCACCAACCAGCCCGGCACCUUCCAGUGCUCCUGUAACAAGGGAUACGCCCUCUACGGCUUCACCCACUGUGGAGAUAUUAAUGAAUGUAGCAUCAACAAUGGGGGUUGCCAGCAGCUGUGUGUGAACACACUGGGAGAUUACGAAUGCCUGUGUCAGUCUAACUACAAGCUACACUGGAAUAAAAAGGACUGUGUUGAGACAAAAGAUCCCUUGUCUGAUAAUGUGUCACCCAAGGUGCUGCUGCACUGCCUAAAGAGUGGUGGGAGUGACAGAUGCUUUUUGAGCUGCUCUCCAGAUGUCCAGGUGUUCUCUGGAACACAGGAUGCCUACACCCUCACCUGUGGCAGGUCCUCUCAGCUUAAGAAAAAGCAGCAAAAUGCAAAUGCUUCUAGCUGGCUGGAUGCUUCAGCCAUCAAGAUAAGCGUAACCUUUAAACUAAACGAAGGAAAAUGUAGUUUGAAAAAGACUGAGAUGUUUCAAGAAGGUCUGGAGCAGAUGAUACCAGAGAGACAAAAUUCAGUAAUGGAGAGCUUCCACUAUGUAAACCUAACAUGCAGCUCUGGCAAGAAAGUUCCUGGAGCCCUCAGUAGACUGGCAGCGACUAGAGAGAUUUUUAUCACCGCGGACUUUGAGCUUGAAACAAGCCGGAAGGAGGUGACAGACACGUGCGACGUGCGCUGUGCCCGCAAGAAGACGGAGAAGCGGUUCCGGAAAACCAUCCGCACCCUGCGCAAGACGGUCAGCAGGGACCAGUUCCGCAUCCGCCUCUCGGGCACCGACCACGAGCCGGCCAGGAAGGCUCCCAGGCCCUCCGAGCCACAGCAGUCCUGUGCCGUGGGACAGCUGCACCCAGGGCUCAGAUGUGAUCAGUGCUCCCCUGGUGAAUAUUCUCCUGAUGGCUUCAAGCCCUGUCUGCCGUGUCCCCUGGGAACGUACCAGCCUGAGGCUGGCAGGGUGUCCUGCUUUCCCUGUGGAGGAGCUCUAACAACCAGGCACAGCGGGGCAUCCCUGUUCCAGGACUGUGAGACCAAAGUUCAGUGUUCUCCUGGCCAUUUUUACAACACCACAACUCACCGAUGUAUUCGCUGUGCAACUGGGACAUACCAGCCUGAGUUUGGACAAAACUACUGCAUUUCCUGCCCUGGAAACACCACUACUGAUUUUGAUGGGUCAACAAACAUAACACAGUGCAAAAACAGGCAGUGUGGAGGGGAGCUGGGAGAUUACACUGGAUAUAUUGAAUCGCCCAACUAUCCUGGGGACUACCCUGCAAACACCGAGUGCACUUGGAACAUCAACCCGCCGCCCAAGCGCCGCAUCCUGAUCGUGGUCCCAGAAAUAUUCCUGCCCAUCGAAGAUGAGUGUGGAGACUACCUGGUGAUGAGAAAGAGCUCUUCUUCCAACUCGGUGACCACGUACGAGACCUGCCAGACCUACGAGCGCCCCAUAGCUUUCACCUCCCGGUCCAAGAAACUGUGGAUCCAGUUCAAGUCCAAUGAAGGGAACAGUGCCAAAGGAUUCCAAGUCCCUUAUGUAACCUAUGAUGAGGAUUACCAAGAGCUAAUAGAGGACAUUGUUCGGGACGGCAGACUUUAUGCAUCUGAAAACCAUCAAGAAAUACUUAAGGACAAGAAGCUGAUAAAAGCACUGUUUGACGUGUUGGCACACCCGCAGAACUACUUCAAGUACACAGCCCAGGAGUCCAGAGAGAUGUUCCCAAGAUCCUUCAUUCGGCUGCUGCGCUCCAAAGUUUCCAGAUUUCUGAGGCCUUACAAAUAGUUGGCCUCAGAACAUACAAUAUCACUGAACUUAAAAGCUGAACCAGCCCUGGGCAUGCACAGAGGGGCUGUGGUAGGUGGGGCUGCUCUCUGUGUUUUACACACUGGCAGAGACACUCUAGGGAAGCUCGCCAGCUCCGUUCUCAGCUUAUAUAAAUAUUUUGGUGAACAGAAUUUUGAUUCCUUUCCAGAUAAUACCUUUUGGGUACCAGAGGACACCUCACGUGUCCCUGAAUUGGAGACUGCCCAUGAUUUCUGUAACUGAAGGGCGCCAAGCAGAAGUUUGUAGAGCUCUGGCCUGUAGCUUCAUCAGCACCUCUAAAAGCUAAUGAGGACAGACAGGCUGAGCAGUGUGGUCUGGGAUGAGCCCUGGGCUGCCAUUAAUGCCUGUUACCUCAACAAAGCUGGGUUCGUGCUCGGUCUCGCUGAAAGUGAGAACAGGAUUGAUGAUUCUCUUAACAUUUGCCAUGCAGGAAAUUCAGAGCUAAGGUUGACACAGUUUAAAUUCAAACCAGUGAGGCCGAGAGCUGCACAAGGUGAAGUUUUUCUCUGAACUACACGUGGCCUGAAGCAAAGGGUUGAAUACCAGCUUGAAUGUUCAGAGUCUGGCUCACACAGUGACCUAUUGGCUGAAGUGGAGCGAUACCAGAAUAAACUGUGGGCACCACAGCAGCGGAAAGCAGGCCCUGACCCACUGGACAUUUCCAUUUUGGGCUGUCUGCAGCUGUUAGAGCAGAUCAGAUUCUUUCCCAAAUCCCAGUGUUGCCCCAUGCAUAGGCCUGGGACAGCAACAGGCAUUUUCCAAGUUGUGUGAAAUUCUGCCCUCUGGGCACCUGCAGGUGAACACAGAAGCCCCAUUUUAAAUGCAGGCUUUGCAUAGAUGAUGCUCUUGGUACAACACUGUUAAAAGCUGAAUAAGGUUCUUGUGUGAACCUCAGUUGUCAUAUUCUCUACUUUUUCUGAGCACCUUGCAAUGGCCUUGUGGAGCAGAGAAGAGCUGCUUUCUCUGCCUGGCUGGAGAGAAGGAGAGGGACAAUGAUUCAGCCAGACUGUGGCCACAAAAGCUGUCUAUGGCAAAUUGUUCCUCAGGAUUCCCAGGCUCUGUGUCCUUCUCCUCAGGCUGUGUUUCCCAUUGGAGACAAAGCUAUUCUGAGAGGGCCUGUAGGGAAAUCUGUGCUGAUCAAAAUGUUGUCUCAGUGCUCUCCUGCCCACACCUACAUCUCCU